AUGCCCAACGACCGGACCAGAUGUCUGUCCUGUCGAGCUCGACAUGCCAAAUGUAUCAUCAAGCAGGGUGAAGAUGUUUGUUCACGAUGUCGAAGCUUGGGCAAAUCUCAAUGCAUCUUUGAAUCGGCAUGGCGCUUCAAGAUAUGCAAAAGCGCAAUGAUUGCAGCUCAGCGUACUGACUUUCAGUAUCGCCCGUCACAACCAUGGGUUUCAACGAAUCUGAAGCUCACCUACGUCUUUGAAAAGGGUGAUGGUCUAGAGGAUGAUGGCAACACGAUUGAAGAUGGGUCGGUCGACACUCCCGAGACACGGACGUCGCUAUCGUACGUCUUGUCAUCAUCUUCAACCUCGGUGAAGGAGUCGCCAUUGACUUGCUCAAACACAACCGUCACUGACAUUCAGACUCCUAAAGAUAUAUCGACGUCUUUGGUCCAGCCUCUUACACAUCGCGAAGCACUUCUCGUUCAAUGCUUUAUUGGCGUGAUAUCGCCGUGGCUUGACGUUUUGCAAGAUGUACCACGAUUCGCCCAGGAGGUGCCUGUGAGAGCUACCAAAUCACCCAUGCUGCUAUUCGCAAUACUAGCUGCAUCAUCGCGGUGGCAGACUCUCAGAGACAGUGACUGGCAAGAAGCCGCAGGCUAUCAUAGCAAAUGCCUGACAUUAGUCAUCCAAGCUCUAUCGCAACCGGAUCUCUGCCACGAUGACAAUCUCAUAGUGACAAUGGUCUGCUUGAGGCUCUACGAGUUGUUCAAUUCACAGCCCUUCAGCUCUCUUCAUCUCGAUGGGCUGGCUUCCCUGUUAAGUGCGAUACCGAGCUUCUUGCAAUCAGGAGGACUAGCAGAAGCGGCUGCCUGGCUGGCGCUACGCCACGAUUUAUUUAUGGCAAUGGUGGCUAAACGGGCACCUAGAAUCAGUCUGAACGACUACGAUCAUUCAAAUGUCUUUCAGAGACCCCUGACUCCAGGCGCGACGGCUUAUGCAAUCAUCCUCAUAUGGGCCAAGAUUUUGCGUCAUUUGUAUUCGACAGAUCAGCACGACUCGCCUACUACAUGGCCAGAAAUCGAGAGAGCCGUUGCAGACUGGUAUGAUCAGAGUGGAAUAGAGCCACUUUUCCAACAGAACUCGAAUGUGGACCCGGAUCAGCCAUUCCCGAUCAUCAGCUUGACUAGUGCACCACAUGUUGUCGCUCUCGAGUACUAUUACAAUUGCCAAAUAUAUAUCAACUUAUACAAACCGCUAGACUCGCAACACGAUAUACCCGCAGCGGUAAAGGAUGAUCGACAUCAAGCUGCGAUCGACUCAAUGUGCUCCAUUCUAGGCAUUGCACUAUCAAACACCUGGGCCGAAGACGCAAUCUUUCCAGGCCUUCAUAUUCUCAUCACAUGCGGACAUCACUUUACCGACUCUUUGCAGCGAGAUCAUGCUCUCCGAUUCUUGGACUCCAUCACUACGAAAUUCGGAUAUCGUACUGAUAGGCUCGUGAAUGCACUGAAACAUCAAUGGGCAGAACACGAUGCUUCGAAGGAUUGA